AUGAAAUCGGAAAUUCCAGUUUUUACAGUGCUAAAGAACAAUUCUAUUCUCAAGAAUAUCUAUCUCCUGGACAACCCACCUUCAUUACCUUCUUCUUCAGUGGAAUUCAACUCCAAGUAUGGAAAAGAAUCAAUGAAGGAAGAAACAUUGUUGGUUGGACGCCAUCCCGAUUGCAAUAUCGCAUUGGAACAUCCCAGUAUUAGCAGAUUCCACCUCCGUGUCCAUUCCAACCCUUCCUCGCACUUCCUCUCUGUCAUUGACUUGAAUUCUGUACACGGGACUUGGAUUUCUGGAAAGAAAAUUGAACCCGGGGUUACGGUAGAGUUGAAAGAAGGUGAUACAAUGCAGCUUGGGGGAUCACGUAGGUUGUACCGGCUACAUUGGCUUCCAAUCACACGUGCUUAUGAUUUAGACAACCCAUUUGUGCCUCCAUUUGAUACAUCAGAUGCAGUAGAAGAAACAGAAGGAGAAUAUUAUCCUGAUGAGAACGAUUUGAAUGGAGAAAAAGAUUCAAUUCAGAGACCGAUUGAUGAUUUGGAAGGUCUACAACCGCUCUUCGCAAACAAGUACCUGAUUUCAUCUGUCCGGAAAAUGAAUCCAUCAGCGCCUCCAAUGCCUGAAGACAUGAACUAUUCAUUCUCUGACAAAGAGGAAGUUGAGAAUAAUAACUCACUUGAAAUAGACCAUGAAGAAAACAGCACACUAGAUGUUGUGCCUUUUGCCUCGGAAGUGUCUCAAGCAGUAUCUCAAAUAGAAAAUUCAGUUAUUUCUGAAGUGCAAUUGGAGAAAACAUCUGGUUUGAGCAUUUGGUCAAGAAGGGGUAAACCAGACAGCGUUCAGAUUCAAAUCAGGAGUAGAGGAAAGAGUGCAAGGAUUACAAUUAAUUCCUCUGUUAAAUCACCAAUCCAUGAAUAUUCCCAACCUGCGGUUUCCCAUGAACCUUUUGCUAGUGGCGACAUUAUUAAAAAGCAAAUCUUUACUCCAGUCGAGGAGAAUCACUCUCCUAAUUCUCCUCUACUUCAGUCCUUGGAGAACAUAGGUCAGGAGAAUUCGAGGAGUGAAUUCAUUUCAAGGACUCUUUUUCCUUGUGCAGAUUGGGAUGAAGAAAUUAUUUUCACUCCAGCCAAUAUUGAAGUUAAAUCACCAAUUUGCGAAUAUUCCCAAACUGAAUCAGUUUCCAAAGGUCCUUUUGCUAGUGACGACAUUGAUAAAAAACAAAUCUUUACUACCAAGGAGCAUUGUUCUCCCAGUUCUCCUCUACUUCAGUCCCUUGAGAACAUAGGUCGGGAGAACUUGAGGAGCGAAUUCAUUUCAAUCACUUCAUCUUCUUGCGUAGCUCAGAAUGAAGAAGCAAUUUUCACUCAAGACAAUGCUGAAGUUAAAUCACCUAUUCGUGAAUAUUCCGAAACUGAAACAGUUCCCCUCUGUGCUUUUUCUAGUGGUGAUAGUGAUGAAAAACAAAUCUUUACUCCAGAAAAGGAGAAUAGCUCAUCCAAUUUUCUUAUACUUCAGUCCUUGGAGAACAUGAGUCAGGAGAACUCGAGGACUAUAUUUUCUGGUGUAAAUCAGGAUAAGGAAGAAAUUUUCACUCCAGACAAUUCUGAAGUUAAAUCACCAACCUGUGGAUAUUCUCAAACUGAAUCAGUUUCCGAAGAUCCUUUUACAAGAAGUGACAGUGAUAAAAAUCAAAUCUCUACUCCAGACAAGGAGAAUUGCUCUUCCAAUUCUCUUAUACUUCAGUCAUUGGAGAACAAAGGUCAAGAGAAUUCGAGAAGCGAUUUAAUUUCUCAAACUUCGUUUUCUUGUGUUGACAAAGAUGAUGAAGAAAAUUUCACUCCAAACAAAGAGAAUAUGACUCCAAAUACUAUUCGGCUCAGGUACAUGAACAAGACGGGGAAGUUGAAAAAUGUCGAGAACCAAGAGAAUUUAAGGAAUGACCCAACUUCAAAGACUAUGUUUUCUUGUCUUGAUGAGGAUGAAGAAGAAAUUUUCGCUCCAGACAAAGAGAAUUUGACUCCAAAUGCUCUUCGACUGAGGUACACGAAGAAGAUGGGGAAGUUGAAAGAAGUUGAGAAUCUGAAGUCAUACAGAUCAUGGCCGUUGAAGACCGUUGUCGACUGUAACAUGUAUAUGCCUACUUCUUUGGAUAAAGAAAAUCAGACUCUGAAAGUUCUUCAAAAACAGAAAUUAGUGAAUCCUGCAUCAAAAAGUCAUACUUGGUUGGAGAAGAAGUUAAUGAAGACUACAGCAGAUAGAAAACCUUUUCAAUCUCUGCUUGCGAACUCCACCAGUAACAGUAAGACUAAGUCAAAAGCUUCGGACCUUGAUGCCACUAUGAGAAGUGGCAAAUCUAUCAACUCUGUUCGACUUGAAGAGGUCAUUCACCCUUUUGAGAACAAGACCAUUAAGGAGGAAGUCAAAAGGUGGACCAUGGUGGUGGACGUUGCAUGUUUGCUAAACAAAAAUUCAAGGAAGGAAUUGCAGCUUUUGCGAGGUCUCAAGGGGACUAGUUUGAUAGUUCCUAGAAUUGUCAUAAGAGAACUGGAUUGCAUGUUGAGACGAGGCAAUUUCUUUAGACGGACAACAGAGGUUUCUGCAGCACUGCAAUGGAUUGAAGAGUGUAUGAACGAUGCAGAAGGGUGGAUACAUGUGCAGAGCUUGGCUGAAGGACGAAGACCAGUUGCACCGACCCCACCUUCUUCUCCUUUAUCUUGGUUUUGUGAGGAGAAGGGCAUAUUCUCUAUUGGCUCGUCUCCAUUUUCUCCAUGUAGUAUACAGGAUAUUGUUACACCUACCACAGAAGAUCAUAUCCUUGAAUGCGCUCUUUUCUUCAAACGAAUUAGGAAUGAUGGACAACUUGUCCUUCUUAGUGAUGAUGUUACUCUCAAGAUCAAGGCCAUGUCAGAAGGUGUAAUUUGCGAAACAGCAGAAGAAUUCCGCGAUAGUUUAGUGAAUCCAUUCUCCGGCAGGUUUUUGUACAUGGACAGCUCUCCGAGAGGACCGACUUGGACUUUUGCAGACGAUGUUGUCCUCAAGGAUAAAUAUUAUCCCGGUCCUCUGAAGAAGCUGUCGAAAUCUGGAGAAGGGGUGAAGGGCUUGAAACUCGUACUAUUGCACAAUUCCAAUUUCAGGAAGAUUAGUUCUGUCAGCUAA